CUGCUGUGGGGCGAUCGAGUGGUGAUCCCGGAGAAAUUGAGGGAAAGGGUAUUGGACCUCCUCCACGAGGGUCACCCAGGGAUCGUAAGGAUGAAGGGGCUAGCAAGAAGCUAUGUUUGGUGGCCACUAAUGGACUCAGAAAUUGCUGAGAGGGUAGGAAAAUGCCAGGCUUGCCAAGAGUCCAGACCUCUACCCCCAACGGCCCCAGUCAGGGAAUGGGAAAAACCCCAAGGGCCCUGGUCGAGAAUCCACAUUGAUUUUGCUGGCCCUUUCCACGGCCAAACCUUCCUAGUGGUAGUCGACGCUUUCUCUAAAUGGUUGGAGAUCAUCCUCAUGAGAUCCAUGACAGCCGAGGCAGUAAUCGCAGCCCUGCGGCAUCUAUUUGCAACCCAUGGGUUGCCCGACACGCUAGUAUCCGAUAACGGCCCGCAAUUCACGGCAACCCAGUUUGAGGAAUUCUUGGCAGAUGAGGGCAUCCGACAUGCCCUCUCUGCGCCUUUCCACCCUGCGUCGAAUGGCCUUGCAGAGCGUUCCGUCCGGAGCGCUAAAGAGGCAUUGUCCAGACUCAAGCCAGGCGACUGGCAAACAAAGAUAGAUUUCUUUCUGGCCGUUCAGCAUAGAACCCCCAGCACUGCUACAGGCAGAAGCCCAGCCGAAUUAUUGAUGGGACGGAAGCUCCGGUGCCCACUCGACCGGUUAAAUCCCCAUUACACACCAGAGGGUUACAAGGGGGAACUGGAAAAAACGAGAGAAAUGGGCAUAGGCGACCGAGUGUGGGCCCGCAACUAUGGGGACGGCCCAAGUUGGCUAGCAGGGCAAAUCAUAAAAGCAACCGGUCCAAAGUCAUACUUGGUUGAGUUAAAAGACAACCGAGUAUGGAGGCGCCACAUAGAUCAAAUCAGAAAAAGAAUAGCCGAACAAUCCGAGCUCAAUGAAACAGACCCUGACCACACACUAUUUGAACCCACAGCUGACUUUAACCCGGGAGAGGCGCAAGACUUAGCUGAGUUCCCGGAGGUCCAGCGACGCCAUCAGGUCCCCUUUGGAAACAGCAGGGACAACUCUGCAAGUAAUCCAAGGCCGGAUGGCCUAGAAAAAGAGCCGGCAAAUAAUCCAGGGCCGGAUGGCCUAGAGAAAGAG